AUGAUGCUGUGGAAUGCCCUCACUCUAUUGCUGAUAGCCAUCGGCUAUGGAUUGGCUGAUACGGCCAGUCCUUCUCGUAACUCGCCAACCGUGGCCUCAAGUGCACCAGUUGCGACACAUACUGUCUCUGUCGGCGCGGAAGGACAUACUUUCUCGCCGAGUGAGGUAACUGCCGAUGUUGGAGACAUAAUUGGUACCAAAUACCCCAUCUCUCCAACUAGUAGAGACAAUAUCGUGACAAAGAAACUGGCUGACCCGACCUCAGAAUACCGAUUCUACCCACAAAAUCAUUCAGUAGUCAAAGGAGCAUUUGGGAAUCAACCAUGUGUACCCUACGAAAUGACUGGCCCGGGCAGGGUGGGGUUUUGGAGUGGAUUCAAACCAGUCCAAAUCGUAUCAAAUGAUCUUCCAUCCUAUUCGAUCAAAAUCAACGAUACUAACCCUCUAUUUUUCUAUUGCUCCGCUCCUGGUGCAUGUUUGGAGGGUAUGGUUGGGGUUAUCAACCCGAAUUCCACCUUUACUUACACCGCUCAAUUGAAUUACACCAGAAAUGCGACAGUAGCAUUGAGUCCCGGAGAGGCUUUCCCUGAAGAAACCCCAAAAUCACGACCCACUGAUAUAACUGCUGCAGCCACCGCCGGAUCCACCAAUGCAGCGCAAACUACAUCAGCCGGCUCAUCAGCCCCAAGUGGUCAUUCCAUAUCCACAGGAGCCAUUGUGGGGAUCGUGAUCGGAAGCGUCGCGGUUUGUGUUUUGGCUGGAACACUGAUCUAUAUGUGCGCGCGACAAAGAGCAACCAAAUCUAUCAUGCGGCAGUCUCAAUUACCACCGGCCCCAAUUGCCUACAACCCUUCCUCUCCCGGCGCAUCUGAAGCUCAGUAUUCUAACAUGCUGAAGACACCAGCGUCUGGUGUAUACUCACCAGUCCACGGCUACGGUAUGCCCGGGAUGGAGAGAGAGAGCUAUCGCAGCAUGAGCCCCCCAAUUGAUGAGAGGACACAAAUGAUGGGUGUGGCUGGCGCGAUGCACUAUCCCAACGAGAAGCCAUCUCCCAUGUCGCAAACUGGGAGCCCGGGUAGUCCGCAGUACCCACAGGAGAUGGACCAUGGAGCUGUUGGGAUGAGACCUUAUAAUCCCGAUGAGAUGGUUGCCACCCGUCACGAACUCCCCGCUGCCAUGGCUCCUGCACGCCACCCAAGUACUGGCGCCACACCCAUAUCUAGAUCAGACGAUACCCGACCCUUCUCAUUCGCCGAAAGCGAGAGCGGGUACAGGUCGGUCGAUGAGAAUAAUAACAAUAAUACAUCACGGUAA